UGGUUUUCACAGGCUAUUUACACGCCGCUGAUAUUUUUCAUGCUGAUGCUGAAUAGCUCGUAGAGAAACUAUUUGUGAAAGAAUUAUCAUACAAACCACGGAAAACAACGUGUGUUGGAUUUUUUUUGAAAAAUAAUUUGUUUUGUAAUAAAAAGUCAAUAAUUUUUCAAUGAACAUGGACGUUCUCGAUAGCCCUGCAAUAAACCAGCUCGAUAGCUCUCAAAGAGCAGAGCUUAUGAAACAAGUCCGUCAACAAUUGGCUGUUGCAAGCACUCAGGAAUUACUUGAGAAAAUGUCACGAAAAUGUUUCAGCAAAUGCAUAAAUAAACCAGGGUCAUCGCUGGACUCGUCCGAGCAGAAGUGCAUUGCAAUGUGUAUGGAUCGAUUCAUGGACUCUUGGAAUAUAGUUUCCCGUGCUUACUUCACAAGAUUACAGAGGGAAAGCACACAAGGUUGAUCGACUGGCAAUGCAUAGGUAGACAAAAAAAGCUGGCAAAACAUUUGUUACUUUUCUUUUAAGCUAUUAAUAUUAAAACUUAAACAAAAUAA